AUGGGUUCUAUAGAGAAGUUUUGGCACAUUUUGCUAUUAUUAUGUUUGACGCUUUUUAUAGGAACGUUUGCGGAGUUUAUACCGGGUUCCUAUCUAACAUUACCAAAAUGUAUCGAAGCUACCGAGACUACUGCGACUUAUCCGAAUGAUCCUGGAUGGAGAGAUGCAAAGGUUGGCGAACGAAUUCGAUUUCAACGAAAACCUUUGGUAAUUACUUAUCCAAUUAACACAACUCAAGUUCAAUGGUUGAUUCAAUGUGCAAAUUUAUUCAACGUAAAACCGGUUCCCAGAAACGGGGGUCAUAGUAAUACUGGAUCAUCAUCAAAGGAUAAUUCAUUAGUUAUUGAUCUAAGUUAUAUGGAUUCAGUUGUUAUAAAUGCUGUGGCUCAGACAGCAGUGGUUGGUGGAGGAAUUCGACUCGGACCUUUAUAUAUUGAAUUGGAUAAGGCAGGUUUCACCAUAAUUUCUGCUACAUGUCCGACUGUAGGUUUAUCAGGAGCUAUUUCUUCUGGUGGUUUUGGAUUACAAUCUCGUAAAUAUGGUGUUUCGGGAGAUUUUGUACUUGAAGCAGAAGUUGUAACAGCGGAUGGUAGUAUAUUAAUCGCAAAUGCCGCAUCCUAUCCUGAUCUAUUUUGGGCAUUAAGAGGAGGUGGUGGUGGAAAGUUUGGAAUUGUUACAAACUGGAAAUUAAAACUUAUUCCCGUAUGGCCAAAAUUGACUGUAUUUAAUAUAGAUUACUCUUAUAUCGGGUUUCAAGAAGUUUUAACAUUAUUUUGGAAUUGGGCUUAUGGUUCUAUUGAAGAUUUAUCAGUCGCUUUUGUUUUCUCAAAUAAAGAAAUUAAAAUUCACGGUCACUUUUUGGGUGGACAAAAAGAUUUACAUAAUCUUUUGGAUCCAGUUGGAUUAUUUAAAGUAGCAAAUGCUAAAUCUAAGAAACAUGAAGAUUGUACACAUUUAGGAUCUCGAGCUUAUUUCCUUGACAAAGAUAAAACUUGUGAUAAAAGUUAUUUAUUAAAUGUUGGAAAUUUUCCGUUAGGUCCAAAUUAUGGUGAGGAUCCAUCAUUUAAAAUUAAUGAAAUUUCUCCAGUUACCGAAGGAGUUCUCGCAGGGUAUGCACCUGCACCUAAACAACAAAGAGAGAUUGUAAAGACGAAAUCAAUGUUUUUUGCCAAAGUAUUGUCAGUUGAAAAUAUUACGACUAUAAUAGAAAGAGCAAAAGCUAUGCCAGAUGGUGCAUAUGCUGAAUUAACAACUUACGGUGGUAUUCUGGAAACUCAACCUACGGAUUUUACGGCUUUUCCUUAUAGAAAUGGUGUGGCUUAUCAUAUUUUGCUUGAAGUUCCACUAACUGGUAAUGAUAUUACUGAUGAACCUGCUUUAAAUUUUAUAACUUCAUGGGAAGAAACUAUUAGACCUUUAUCAAAUGGUGGAAGUUAUGUGGGAUACGAAGAUGAAGAUUUAGCAAAUCCAGAAUCAUUUUAUUUUGGUAAAAAUCUUGAAAAAAUAAAAAUUGUUGAAUCGAAAUAUGAUCCAAAUAAUGUUUUAGAUGCUGGUCAAAGAGCACCUCCUUUUACAAAUGAAAAAUGCCCAUUUGUUGUAGGAGGAGAUCCACCAGGAAGACGAAGUGCUUGUGUUGGAAUGAAUGAAUGUUAA